AGGAGCCGCCGCCGCCGCCGCCAUGACUGCGCCUGCGCCCGGCGCCUGCGCGCGGCGGGGUGCGGCCGGCUCCCGGGUUCGCCGCCGCCGCCCCGGGAGCAGCGGGCACCGGGCGGCCCUGAGGGACGCAGAGGAGUAGUCGCGCUUGAUCUACCCCCAAAACCCCCGCCACAUUCCUGUCUUCUCCAGGAGCACAAGGCGAGAGGAAAGUGCUGUCCGAAAACGUUCUCGCAGCCUUGUACAGCUGCAUGCUCUCGGGAGGCACAGCCCCCUUAAAUGAAAAUCUUGGUGCAACUGUUCUGGAAUAAUAUAUGCAGUCCUGCUGUUGGUUAUUGCUGGACUUUGUUUCUGGGUAAAGAAUGCAGACUAUAAAGUGCGUGGUUGUUGGAGAUGGCGCUGUGGGAAAAACUUGUCUUCUCAUCAGCUACACCACCAAUGCCUUCCCCGAAGAGUACAUCCCUACUGUGUUCGACAACUACAGUGCCCAAAUGACUGUUGAUGGCCGGACGGUUAGCCUGAAUCUCUGGGACACUGCAGGCCAGGAGGAAUACGACCGUCUGCGCACACUCUCGUAUCCUCAAACCAAUGUAUUUGUCAUCUGUUUCUCCAUUGGUAGCCCCUCUUCCUAUGCAAAUGUGAGGCACAAAUGGCACCCUGAAGUUUCUCACCACUGUCCUAAUGUUCCCAUUCUUUUAGUGGGCACGAAGAGAGACUUGAGAAAUGACCUGGAAACAGUUAAAAAGUUGAAAGAGCAAAGCUUGGCUCCCACUACCCCGCAACAGGGGACUUCACUGGCUAAACAAAUUGGAGCAGUCAAAUAUUUGGAGUGCUCAGCGUUGAAUCAGGAGGGUGUUCGGGAGGUGUUUGCUGAAGCUGUUCGUGCAGUUCUGUAUCCUGUGACAAAGAAGAACACAAGAAAAUGUGUCUUAUUGUAAUUACCUCGGGUGGUGGAUGUUCAAAGUUGAAUAGUGACUAGAGUUUUGGAAGGCUUUUUAAUGCGUUAAAUUGAAGAUUUGCAUCUUGCACUAACAGCUCUAAGCAGAAAUGGAUUAUGCAAAGAAUAUUCUUGCAGUCUUAUUGCUUCAGGGAAACUGAAACAAAAUAGUUUUUGUUUUUUUUUUUCUUUCCAACUGAGAGGUCAAAUAUAUACUUAAUUUCUAAAGUUCCAGUCUCCAGCUUCUCCAGGGAUCAUUUGGCUUCUGUUCUUACUUAGUGGAGGAAAAGAAAGGAAGGGAUGCCAUUGAAGCCAGACUCCUUUACUAGAUACCCAUCAGUUACUAGAGUUGCUGAAAAGCACAAAUUCGGAUAACUUUGCUUUAAGCAUAGCUGCUGCUUUUCCCAUCCCUUACGUACAGAUCAAACUGGUUUUUACACACAUCUGGCUGUCCAGUUGUUUGCCAAUUCAGAGCUUGAAAACAAUUUGUUUACAUGCAGAAAUGCCUGAAAUAUUACUGAGACUCACCUUAAAGUGAACUGUGGCCAUUUAUAUGAAGAGUUAACAUGAGGCAUAUUUAACCCAAUAAGCAAGACCCAGGGAACACCUGCAGUUAUUUUGUUAGUAGAAGCAGGAGAUGAUUUCUCCUAACGUAGGGAACUUAGGAUAAUAACAAUGAAUCCAUUGAAUGAUCGAUUUUUAUGGUGUCAAAAUGGAGAGGUGGAAGAGUAGUUUAGAUGCAAGUCUUCCAUAAUCUUCUAAACCAAGAUAAGGUUUUAUUUCACUCUCCAAAGAGACUUAAUGCCCUGGGAAUAAACUUAAUGAUCUUCUUGGGCCGACUGAGAUAGUUGGGAUCACACUUACUCUCAAAGCGAGCUUUUCAGUGUAAUCCCACUCUCCCUUUGAUGAAUCCCAAAGACUUGGUAGAAGCCCGUUUUCUCUUGAAGAAUUCAUUGCUUCACUUUCUAAUGUUCUUGGAGCGACCACCUGAGAUUUUACAGCAAUUCCUUUGUUGUUUUUCUGGGAGAUCAUCAACAGAAAAUCCGGAUGUUCUGUUUACAGGAAACAGAAACGCUUGUUUCUUCUGAUGGUUUCAGUUCAGUUUGUAAUGGUUAGCCAGUCACUGGAUAGAUUUACCUGGGGAAUUUCUCCGCUCUGCAAGGUGAUCAGUUGUUAUAGACUGUUGUAACUGAAGUUCUAUUUAUGUACUUUUUUAAAAAAACCUCUCUCUAGCAGCUCUGGUGAGUGACAGCUGGCUUUUAUUUUCAGGAUGUUCACUGUUUUUUCUGUGUGAUUCUGGGACCAGCUGAGGAGUGAGCGCAUGAAACCUUCCUUAGUCUUAACCUUCCAGCUUGGUAGUAUGAAAGCAGCAUGCUUCAAAGAUGCUUUGUAUGAAACCAAUGGUGCUGGACUGGGCUUUGUUGUCUGAGGUUGACAGUACUGUCUUUGUCCAGAUGCAGCCUCGAUUGGUAAUUCAGAACUUGCUUUCUUGUGAUUCCCACACAUGCAGAACUGCACUGUGUAUACCCUGGUCAGAAAAAAAAGCCUCGUUUUAGCAAGAGGACAGAAGAUAUAUCAACAAGGUUAUUAGGGAUCUCGUGUUAGUUUGACCUUGCUUUAUCUGAUACAAAAAAAAAAAAAAAUACAGGUAGAUAAACACAUUCAUAUCUGUGCCCUUAUUCCCCUCUUUGAAGAGGAUGUGCCUUUCUUCGGCUGUUGUAACCGUUGCUGACACUAACCGCAAUGUUUGUGUAUUGGAUGUGUGCUCGUACAGGUACUGCUUUAGCAAGCUGCAGCCCAGAGAUGUAAACUGCAGCUAGUUCAGGUAUUGGUGUAAGCGGCUGGUAAACCAGCACUGCGUUUCACACAUUGCCUGAUGGCAGGCAACACCAAAACGCCCGUAGCACAUGAUGUUUGCAGAAACCUGGAGACUUGUGCAUAUUUUUCUUCACCAAGUGCCAUUGUCUGGAGCGUCGUUGCAUCUUUUGCACUCGUAGAAGAAGCGCUGGUCCAGAUGUGGCUCCUACCGCAGUGCCCUGCAAGCUGUGAGGGAGCAGGAGGAGUAUUUCAGUGAGGAAACCUCUGCUCACCGUGCUCUGCCUUUUCUUCAGUAAUAUGCCUUUAGUGUGGGCUUGACUUGCUGGCAGCAAUUAAUCCUGUGCCUUGUAAUGCAAGAUUAUUUUCUGUAGGUAAAUUUCAGUAACUGAGUAAAUAGAAUUUAUCAUGUUUAAGAUAUAUUUAUUUGAGCCAGUGCACAUGUUUUUAUAAUGCAGGUCAGGCUUAAAUCAACAGUCUGGUUACCCUGGUGCAAGCCCAUAACCUCUGCUUAAUUGAGAUGUACUUUAAAAACUUCGUGAUAUAUUUGAACUGCUCUUAGAUAGGCUUUUGACAUCUACAACAGGCACCUCUUUUUUUAUCAUUAUUUUUUUGCUACACAAAUUUGCAAUUUUGUACUGAAGCUACUACUGUUUUAAAAAGUUUUUACUUCUUUACAUACUGAAAUCUUGUAGUUCUGCAGCUUUUGUGGCUAUUCCUAACUGGAUGACAAUAAUUUUGCAGAUGAAAUCCUGUGAGCAAGUAUUGUUGCACACACCCUGUUUCUGUAGGCUCACAGAGCAGCUGUCCUGGUGUUAACUGGAAGAGGGUAUGGUGAGAUAAAAUUCUACUAAAUCAAUUUAUUUGAAUUGAUUACAUUAUUGCUUACGUGAUACUAGAACACUUUAUCCCCAUCUAGAGUACUUAAUAAGUAGAUUGCACAGCAGUACCGCGGAUAUUAACGCAAUAGUGAUGAAAAUGAGCAGAAAGUGAACUUUGAACAACUUCAGAAGCUUUUUACUGAUUUCAGAGUACCUCAUCAAUAGUCAUUUAGGUGCCUUGUAUUUGAUCUUUCUGUCACGAGCAAAAAUCCUGCUGGUUGACAGCUGAUUUAUUCCAGCGUCUGUUUUUAAUGAGAAUGACCUUCAGGAGCGCACAAAUCCAAUGAGCUUUUCCAUGCAGUUGGCAUUCUCAGUUUAUGAUUUUUUUUUUUCCUACAGUUUCUGGUGCAUUUCAUUGUAAGUAGCCCAGUGCUUCAGUCUACAAUCCAUUCUCUUCUUCCCAUUUUUUUUUUUUUUUCCCUGUGGACAGGUAACAAAUGCUUCACACAAUCACGUGGCUGGAUGUUGUCUGUUGAGAAGAUCAGGGUACCCCAGAGUUAAGUCGCGAGGGUUUCCUGAGCUGUUCAACAUUCUUCAAUUCGUUUACUUAGUGGAAAUGCAGCACGUAUGUCAUAAUUCACAGAAGAGGCUCUCUGUGAAGAGACUGGUUUUAAUCUUUCAGUUCAUGAAUCAUUUCUCAAAUACGUAAGCAUUUUGAAAACGCAGUUGUGGCCAUUGACGCGGCAUCGAGCAGUUCAGGAAUUCUGCGUCCGAAGGAUGCUACGAGGCGUGUUUAGGUGUGUAAGUGCUUUCUUCAGUUUACAGCUGUCGCUAUUUAUAUGGAAUUUAAACUAGAGAAGCCUCACCGUGCUUUGUCGAGUGCUAAACCUUGCUCUGUAGGAACCUUGGUGCUGCUUGGGCUCGCGUGGAGGAGCGGAGGAUGUCUGGAAGAAGGGUUCGCCCCGGCGCUGCCCAUCCCGGCGGGAGCCCAAGACUAAGUGUGGUACUGAUACAUACACUGGCGACUUGAUUUUAUACUAUAAAAGAAUUUGUAUUACAGCUAACAGUUUUAAAAGAUUUUUUUUUUUUUAAAUUAUGCGGAAUUAAAUUGUAAUAAAACCUCUCCUCAUCUCCAUG